CGCCGGGGUUGUCCUUUUACCGGACUUUACGUCGAAAAGCAGCGGCGUUUUUCCACCAGGUUCGGAUUCAAGUUUCGGUCCCCGGAGACGUGAAAUGAUGAAGCUUAAAUCGAACCAGACACGGACUUACGACGGGGACGGCUACAAGAAGCGGGCCGCUUGCCUCUGCUUCAGGAGUGAGAGCGAGGACGAGGUGUUGUUGGUGAGCAGUAGCCGACACCCGGAUAAGUGGAUCGUUCCCGGCGGGGGCAUGGAGCCGGAAGAGGAGCCCAACAUGGCCGCCGUUCGAGAGGUGUGCGAGGAGGCCGGAGUAAAGGGGACGUUGGGACGACUGGUGGGAAUAUUUGAGAACAGAGACAGGAAGCAUCGGACGUACGUCUACGUCCUCAUCGUAACCGAGGUCCUGGAAGACUGGGAGGACUCGGUCAAUAUCGGAAGAAAAAGGGAGUGGUUUAAAAUAGACGAUGCCAUUAAAGUCCUGGAGUGUCACAAGCCCGUGCAGGCCACCUAUUUUGGGGCCCUCCAGCAGGGGUGCAUGACUAGCAACGGGACCCCCUUGGUGGCCACGAUAGCCGAAGACCUGACCCCCGGCUACAGUAUCAACCAGAGCUCGGUUUCGGGUAUCAGAUAACUAGCGCACGCCGCCCGGACACUGCAGGGGUCCUCACCGCCGCCCUCCCGCUUGCUUACGCCGUUUUUGUUGUCUCCUGCAAGCGACAGACCCGCGAGCAGCCUUCGGUGCCGGGACAGGGGGGCGCAAGACGUUACCAGCUUGUUGUUGGUCGAAGAUUCUAGCAAAAAAAAAAAAAAAAGAAAAAAGAAAAAAAAGAGAUACCCCUUUGUAAAUGUAAAGUUGG